AGGUGAACCCGGAGUGAGGCUGUUCAGUUAGAAGUGGGCAGUUAGACUGGGUACUUGUGGCUUUACCUCUCACCCUGAGGCACACCAGCAACCAGCCAUCACCUGCAGGCCUCUAAAGCUUGUCUUUGCCUUGUAUGGAGCCAAAGGAAGCCCCUGGGAAAGAAAGCAUGGGCACCAAGAAAAGGAAUCUGACCUUCUUGAGGCCCAGGCUUUAUAUGCUGGAGAGAAGGAAGACGGACACUGUGGUUGAGAGCAGUGCUUCUGGGGACCACUCUGGUUCCUUGAGGAGAAGCCAGUCUGACAGGACCGAAUACAACCAGAAAUUACAAGAAAAGAUGACUCCACAGGCCGGGGGUUCUGCAGCUGAGACAACUCAGGAGGAGGAGCAUCAGAUGCAGAGAAUGAUGGCAAAGCGUUUGAGAAUCAUCAAGGAGCUGAUACAGACAGAAAAUGACUAUCUCAAUGAUCUAGAGCUGUGCAUUAGGGAAGUGGUGCAGCCCUUGAGAAAUAAACAGAUUGGUCGGCUGGAUGUGGAUAGCUUGUUCAGCAACAUUGAAUCCGUGCAUCAGAUAUCGGCCAAGCUGCUGUCAUUGUUGGAAGAGGCCACAACAGACGUGGAACCGGCCAUGCAAGUCAUCGGCGAAGUAUUCUUACAAAUUAAAGGGCCGCUGGAGGAUAUUUAUAAGAUCUAUUGCUACCACCAUGAUGAAGCUCACAGUGUACUGGAGUCCUAUGAAAAGGAUGGAGAGCUGAAGCAACAUCUGAGCCACUGUAUCCAAUCCUUAAAGAAAAUAUAUAUGCAAGAAGGCAAACCAAACUUACUGGACAUGGGCUCCUUGAUGAUCAAACCAAUUCAGCGUGUGAUGAAAUACCCACUAUUAUUGUGUGAACUUCGAAAUUCCACCCCUCCCUCUCAUCCAGACUUUAGAACACUGGAGGAUGCCUUUGCUGCGGUGAAAGACAUUAACGUAAAUAUUAAUGAACUGAAAAGACGGAAAGAUUUAGUUCUAAAGUACAAGAAGAAUGAUGAGGAUGAAUCACUUAAAGAUAAAUUGUCUAAACUAAAUAUUCACUCAAUUAGCAAGAAAUCCAAAAGAGUGACAAAUCAUCUAAAGAUUCUGACCAGAGGAGAAUCACAGGUGAAAGACAAUACCUUCAAUAGAGAAGAAAAGCUAUUUAGAUCUUUAGAAAAGACUGUGAGACAUUGUGUGAAGAACAUAUCAUUCUGUCUUCAACACAUACAGGACGCCCUGCCCAUAGCUCUGCAGAGUGUAAUGGAACUGCAGAAGAUUUCACGCAACAAAGAUGAGCAGGAGAAAGGCUUUUCAGAGGCCCCAACUAAUGUUCCAAAUCCCUGUGAUGACUUUGCAGCCCACUUACAGAGGUUCGUCCUGACGCCCCUGUCAGCCCUGCUGUCAUUAUUCCCAGGGCCUCAAAAGCUCAUCCAGAAACGCUAUGACAAGCUGCUGGACUACAACAGCCACCUAAGACGGGCAGCGGGAGAUGAGUCCGACUUGGCUAAAAAGGAAUAUGAGGCCCUCAAUGCCCAGCUUGUGGAGGAGCUCCAGGUGUUCAACCAGGCCGCUCGGAAGAUUCUGUCCAACUGCCUGAGCAGUUUCCUCACCCUCCUCAGAGACCUGAUGCUCGUGGCACAGCGGCUUUAUUCCACAGAGGGGUCGGUACCACUUUUGGCUUCAAGCAUCUCUGAAAUUCAGAAUCAAGUUUUAGAAGAGGUUCAAAAUCUGAAUUUUGUAAAGGACAACAGUGUCACCUUUAUUGAGAGGAAACUUAGUUUUGAAAAGAAGAAGCCUGUGCAAAUUCUGCCAGAAGUGCCACGUCAAACUGACAUUCACCGCUCCAAACUUCUAUCCACAUACAGUUCAGAGGAACUCUAUCAAGCUAAGCGCAAGUGCAAUGCCACACAAGAAUAUGACAUCAAUCUUCUGGAAGGGGAGUUGGUGGCUGUGAUGGAACAGAAAGAUCCACUGGGGAGUACAAGCAGGUGGCUUGUUGAUACAGGAAUUAUAAAAGGAUAUGUUUAUUCCUGCUUCCUAAAACCCUACAAUCCAGCAAAAGUGCAGAAGGAGGAUGCUGAGAACAGGUUCUGUGAUGAUGAUUUUGAUAACAUCAGCCUCUUUGUGUCUUCACGGCCAGCUAGCGACAGUGUACCAGGCACCCCAGAGGGUAGCGUAAGUGAUAGCAGCUCAUCUCUUAGUGGCGCAUAUGGGAAGUUUGAAACAAAUGGCACUGAUGUUGACAGUUUUCAAGAGGUAGAUGAACAGAUUUUCUAUGCAGUUCAUGCCUUUCAAGCACGGAGUGACCAUGAACUCAGCCUUCAAGAAUACCAAAGAGUCCAUAUAAUUAGAUUCUGUGACCUAAGUGGCAAUAAAGAAUGGUGGCUAGCUGAAGCUCAAGGGCAGAAAGGGUAUGUGCCAGCUAACUACCUUGGGAAGAUGACUUAUGCUUAAGAAAAUAAGUCUUUUGACAUUUUUUUUCUGGCAAGUUGUUGAUCGACUACCUCAUAAAACUGACAUUACAAAAUGCUGACCUAGAAAUGAAGAACCCUCCAGACUAUGUGAACUGAUACUGUAUCAGGUUUUAAAGAAGACUGUGCUUCCUAACAAGAUUAUUUCAAAUGUAUUAUGCAGAAUAAAUGUUGAAGGAAACACUAACCAAACAGAAACAGCAAAACAGCCCAAGUUCCAACUGUCAAUUACUUAAAAGUGGAGAUCUUUGAAAGGGUAAAUGUGAUUUUUAUCAUAAAAGAUUGGCUCUAAGGAUAAGAUUUUUUCAAUUUGCCAUAUUUUAUUUUACUCCAUUACAUAUCUUGUCUCAAGUAUUUUUUGGUUUUCAUGUCUCUCUUUUGUAUAUACAUGCAUGUAUAUACACACACAUAUAUGCCAUAUUG